CUAGAGGAAGAAAUGGAUGCGACGACUCCCGAGUUUCACUUUCACCGGCUCCUGCUCCCUUCGUGACUCUAAACUCGGAUCUCACCGGACCAGGACACACUUUAACUUCCAAACCUAGCGACCCAAGGAGCAGGCUCAUUUUGCCAUCCUCUGCUAUGGCAAGCCAGGACUCCACAAACCCUUCCUAUGCUCUGUUUGACCUCUUUGUCCAAGCCCAGACCUGUAAGGAUGUACGGCAACACUUUUCUGAGCUCUGCAAGCAUCUACAAGUCAACCCUAAAGACUUCAGGAGCUUUUACACCAAGCUGAAAGAAAGGCUCAACUACUGGAAGGCCAAAGCCCUGUGGACAAAGCUAGAUAAGAGGGCAUCACACCCAGAUUACCAACAAGGAAAAGCCUGUGCCAAAAACAAGUGUCUUGUGUUGGGAGCUGGGCCAUGUGGACUGAGGACGGCUAUAGAACUGGCCCUGCUGGGGGCUCAGGUGGUGGUGUUGGAGAAGAGGGAGACUUUCUCUAGGAACAAUGUCCUCCACCUGUGGCCCUACACCAUAUAUGACCUUCGUGGGCUCGGUGCCAAGAAGUUUUAUGGGAAAUUCUGCACUGGGGCUCUGGAUCACAUCAGCAUCCGUCAGCUGCAGCUGAUCCUAUUAAAAGUGUCUCUUCUUCUCGGGGUGGAGGUGCACACUGGAGUGGAGUUCCACGGCUUGAUUGAGCCCUCAGGAGACAAAGGCUGGAUGGCCAAGCUGCACCCUGGCUGUCAUCCUGCUGCCACCUUCCAAUUUGAUGUCUUCAUCUCUGCUGGAGGAGGGGGGUUUCUCCCUGAAGGCUUCAGGCAUAAGGAGUUGAGGGGAAAGCUGGCUAUCGGCAUCACAGCAAACUUUGUCAACAGAAACACAGCUGCUGAGGCCCAGGUCCCAGAAAUCAGUGGCGUAGCCCGUAUCUACAACCAGAAGUUCUUUCAAGACCUGCUUAUUGAGAGAGGUAUUGAUCUGGAGAAUAUUGUCUACUAUAAAGAUGACACCCACUACUUCGUCAUGACUGCAAAGAAGAAGAGCCUGCUGAAGAGAGGGGUCAUUAAGCAGGACUAUAGUGACGCGGAAGACCUGCUUGCUCCUGCAAAUGUGGACCAGGAUGCUUUGCACCAGUAUGCCUUCGAUGCGGCUGACUUCUCCACAGGCUACAAACUGCCUGACCUUGAAUUUUCUCGAAACCAUGCGGGAAAGCCAGAUGUGGCCAUGUUCGACUUCACCUGCAUGCACCGUGCUGAGAAUGCCUCACUGGUAAAGGAGAGGAAAGGCAAGAAGCUAUUGAUUGGCCUUGUUGGAGACUGCCUUGUGGAGCCUUUCUGGCCUCUAGGGACAGGUAUAGCCCGUGGUUUCCUGGCUGCUUUUGACACUGCAUGGAUGGUGAGGAGUUGGGGCAUUGGAGUCGCACCUCUCAAAGUCGUAGCUGAACGAGAGUGCAUCUACCAGCUCCUGUCCCAGACAACCCCAGAAAAUACCGGCAAAAACUACACUGGCUACAGCAUUGAUCCCUCAACGCGCUACCAAAACAUAAACCUUUCCUCAAUACAGGCAAACCAGGUGAAGUACCUAUACGAUGUUGUUGAUUUUGAUAAGUCCAGUCAACCCAGCCAAAAGCAGAAAGGAAAGUGGCCUCAUUUGCGUCAAGCUUCAACCAGUAGUUUUGAUGAGUUGUUAAGAUGGAGCCAGAAGCAUACUGCAGGCUAUGGGGGAGUGAAUGUAAAAGAUCUCACCCAGUCCUGGAGGUCCGGGCUUGCACUGUGUGCCCUUAUCCACCACUUCAGACCUCAGCUCAUAGACAUGUCCUCCUUGGAUGAGUCUGAUUCCAUUCACAACAACCAAGUGGCCUUCAGUAUCCUGGAGAGGGAGCUAGGCAUCUCACCGGUCAUGUCUGCUAGUGAUAUGGCCAACAGUCCUCAGAUAGAUCAGCUAUCAAUGGUCCUCUACCUCACCCAGGUCAAGGAUACCUUCUCCACACCUACAAAAGAUAAAUCCAACGAACCUGGAGGCCUUCUUGUAUCAUCAAAGCCCCUGACUCUUCCUGGGAUGCAGUCAGCUGUCUUCUUCCUGAACAAGCUCAAGCACAACUCUCUGCAGAGACGUAAGGACAAGCUGGCUGCUGAGAAACAAUCAAAAGAAGGGAAAAUGAAUACAGGCAAUCGGGACAGCCCGGCAGCCGACCUUGUAUCCGCAGAUAUGAACCCUACAUCUUCUCAUGAGGUUGAACGUGACCCUAGUGAAAACACAUUGUCGGGGUGUAGUGAGGAGUGUUAUUUCUGUGGCCAGAAGGUCUAUGUGCUGGAGCGCAUCAGCACCGAGGGCAAGUUCUUCCAUCGCAGCUGCUUCACCUGCUAUCAAUGUGGACUCACACUCAGACUUGGAGGAUAUACCUACGACCAGACCACAGGGAGGUUCUACUGUGAGCUGCACUCUGAAGAUCUGGAACUGGAUAAUAUGACUCAAACAUCCCUCCAUAAGGAUAGCACAGGAAAUCACAAAGAGAUGCAUGAAGAGAAUGGUGUAUCCAGUAAUGAUCACACAAGUUCUCCUUCCGAUGAGGAAUAUGAGCACACUCUGGACUCCGCUUCCUCUAGACACAUACAGCCGCAUCAACUGAAAGGAGAAGAGGACCAACACAGAAUUGAAUCUGAAGAUGAGUACCAUGAGCCCCAGCCUCCAAAAGCCCUCUCAGAAACUGCAUCUGAAAGUGGGGCUGUAUCAUCCAUUGAAGAAGAAAAGGGAGAAGUGCCCCACCCUAUCCCAAAGCCCCGUCUCUCACGGCAGACCUCACCCUGCCCUCAGCCCUCUCCUCCCAUACCCAAACCUCGCACAGUCCUUGUUCACCCCUCCCCUACUGAAAAGUGUUCAUCCCCAACUGACAACCAGCAGAAAGGGACAUCCAGGGCCGCACCAAACUCCCGCCCCAAACAAUCCCUGCGGAAGCUCCAACUCACCGACGAAGAAAAAAGCCAGCUGGUUAACCUUCAGAGCCUCAGCAUAGAUUCUGACUCGGAGACCCCUGGCGGAUCCUCCUCCUGCUCGUCAUCCUCGGCCACAGCAGGUGGGCCCAGUCCUCCUAAACCUGCGGGCCUGGAUGGACAGGAAGAGGAGGGAUACUGGAGUGGCAGUACAGCUGGACAUAUUCGAGAGAAGAGGAACCGCCGCUGCUUCAGAAGGAAAGAAGAGCCUGGAGGACAGGUCAGGGUUCGAUCCAAGUUUUCCCCCUGGAACCUGUCUUCCCCAAGACUCGCCAGAGACCCCUGUCUCAGUGUCCUCAGCCAUCCGGGCAGAGUGGAAACAACAUUCAGGCAUGGUCACUGCACAUCAGAAGACGGCAUUGAAGGGGACGAUGACGACGAAGACGAUGAUGAAAUGUUUGGAAGGGAUGACAUUGAUUUAUUUGACGAGAAGUUCCAAACGGUGCCCUCUGACCCCAUGGAGGCUCAGAAGUUGGAGCUGAUGAAGAUGAGGACACUUGAGCGAAAAGCCAAGAUGAGCGAAAUACAGCGCUUCCAUAAAGCCCAAUCAAUCCAGAGGCGACUGGAGGAGAUUGAGGUGACCUUCAAGGAAUUGGAGGAAAAUGGCGUAGUGCUGGAGAAAGCCCUUAGAGGCGAAGCAGGCAGUGAGGGCUCUCCUGAGAUGAUAGAGCAGUGGAUCCAACUUGUCCACAAGAAGAAUGCAUUACUGUCUGAGGAGUCAGACCUCAUGGUGGCGUCUCGCCAGCUAGAGCUCGAAGACAAACAGAGCAUGUUGGAGCUGGAGCUCAGGAAAUACAUGGAACUGGAUGACUCUGAGAAGACAGCUGAGCAGCAAGUGGAGGAGGAGAGGGUCCUCCAGCAGAUGAUCGAGGUGGUGGACAUGAGGGAUUCUCUGGUGGCCUUCCUGGAAGAGAAGAGGCUGAAGGAGAUGAGUGAGGAGCAGGAAGCCUUCUCCAUCAAGGAGGCUAAAAGACACUCCAAGGUGGGAGCGCAGGUUCACUGGGCAUAAGGCGUUACCACACUCGUACACAGAUGGACAUAAGGGAAUGAUACCAUGCUCGUACCAUGCAUUUGUGGAACUUGCUGCUUUCAGACUUAAGACCUAAUACUUUUGCAAAGCCAAAGAUGAUGAUACAGUAUUGCCAAUGGUAUCCCUCCACCAGUGAUACACAAGCACAUGGGAUUAAAAAUCUCAGCCAGUGACUGAAUGAGCAUCUGUUGGCCUCCCCCCUAGUGGGAGACAUAAGCCUGGAGAUAUACAACUUGGAGUGGAUCUAUCUGAGAGCUGUCGCGGGGCUUCAGCCACAGCCUGCAGAUUAGAAGAAAAAAAGGACCUCUGCUGUAAGCUGCACAUCUAAACCCCAUGGCAAUUCUGGCUACUCAUCACCUAGCCCCACUUCUAUCUCGUAUUCAUAUGAGGUACAUAUGACACAAGUAUAAAGGUGGGGAUGUAGAUUUAAGACAAAAAAACAGCAGAACUCGUACAUAGAAACUGCAUAGGCUGGCUGCAAAGUCUCCUUUCUGUAAUGAAGUGAAAGAAUGGGUGGUGUUUAUUGUUUUUUUUUGUUUUUUUUUUGGUUUUUUUUUAAUUGCUUCAUGUCGAUCUACCAGUGUCAGCAUGAGUUAAGUGAUUCUUCACACUCAAACAACGUGUACAUAUCACCAUUCUGCGUUUGUGUACAAAAUAAGUUCUAUAAAUUAGAUGGUGAUUUGAAAAUAUAGCAGAAUUGACUUAAAAUAUAUGAAAUAUGAGUAAAAUUCAGCUAUUUUUUUUUCUAACAUUAUCUUAGGACUUCCAGUUGUUCACUAUGUGUAUUUUUGUUUAUUUUGAUUGGGUAUUUGAUAGCUGAUCUCAGGGGUAGACCGUUCCGUCCUCCAGGAUUAGUUUUGGGUUUAUCACAGAUGGCCUUCAAACAGUAGGUUGCUCUAUAGGUAGGCGUGGUACGGGAGCACAAGGUUUUAUAAGGUGGCUGGGUAAUUUUUUAAAGGAAAGUCAUUGCUUAUUCUUUGCACAUUUGCCACUUCUAGUGUUGGUGGAAUUUACCGGGUUCAAGAUGAGGAGUGCUAGUUUGUGGCACGAGAGAAUGGGCCUUAUACAUUGCUCAGCAAUUCACAAUAUAUCAAAUAAAGAUCAUGCACUUUGA